AGGCGCUCUCUUGCUAUUGUUCCACCUUCACCGUGCGCCCUUUGGGCCUCUGUUCUUCAAUUCUGUAUAUUUCCUGAUGCAUACUGACCAUUUUCUGUCGUUUACUGACUUGUAGUUCCUUACUAUCCCUCGUCUUCGCCACUCCCCUUCCCACUCCUCGAAUUCCUCCAAUUCCAAAACCACGAUGAAUGGUCACAGUCGCCGUCACAAUCCCCUCGAAGAGGACAAGGACCUCCCAACCAAAAGCAGUACCUUUACUGUUCAUUCCUCUACUAAAUAUCCCAUCCCAAUCGCCUUCUACCCCAAUGGCAACCGUUCCCUCUCCGGCAUCGCCCUGCGCGCCUUCUGGCUCGGCGUCUUCUUCGUCCUCGGCCUCACCCUAACCGUCUUCCUCUCUCUAUCGCACAGCCGUCUCUGGCGACCCCCUUUCUUUGUCUCCACCCUCUGCCUCUUCCACUUCCUCGAGUUCUGGAUCACGGCAGAAUACAACACACCGAGCGCAUACGUCUCGUCCUUCCUCUUGACCAACGGGAGCCGCUACCGCCAAGCGCAUACCUUCGCCUUCCUCGAAACAAUCAUAACCUCCUACUUCUUCCCAGGCUGGCAAGCGCGGGUCAACCCGCCCUCCGUCAUCGCCCUGGGUAUCUUCAUGAUCGUCGUGGGCCAGACGGUGCGCAGCUGGGCCAUGGCGCAGGCAGGCACGAAUUUCAACCACCAGGUGCAGUCGGAGAAGAACGAGGGCCACGAGCUCGUCACGCGCGGCUUGUACGCUUGGUUCCGGCACCCGUCGUAUUUUGGCUUCUUCUGGUGGGGGCUCGGGACGCAGGUGGUGCUGGGGAAUGCGGUGAGUUUUAUCGGGUAUGCGGUCGUGCUGUGGUAUUUCUUCAAGACGAGGAUCGAGCAUGAGGAGAAACAUCUCGUGGAGUUCUUCGGGAAGGACUAUGAGGAUUAUAGGGCGAGGACGAGGGUCUGGAUUCCGUUUAUCUGAGAUGUGGUAUCCUGGUGGAUAGUCCAGCGUGGUAGGCGUCUCUCAACCUCGAUUGGGCUUGUGGCUAUCUUUUGGAUGUGGUUGGCCGGGCCCGGGCCUACUACUUAGCGACGAGUUGAAUGUGCACCAAUUGGACCGCCAUUUUCGACCAGGCUGAAGCCAAAUAGAUGCUGCAUGAUAUAUGAAUGGUACGAUUGAACGCACAGCAUGAACCUCUUCUUUCUUCGCGUAUUCCGUGCCUAUCGUCUUCCAGGGUUUUGGUAUGUACCACUUCCUCUCCAAACGCACCACGUUCACUUAGGGGGAACCAAGCAAUACUUCUUCUUCGCAGAACCCGGUGUCACCUCUUUCUAUUGCUGCUUCGGUCAGGGAUGAUGGAAAAAACGUGCG